AUCCUGCUUCUAUCUCCACUUCACUUUGUAGCCCCAGCGUCUCGAAUUAUAUCCAAAAUAUCAAUAUGGGCAGUGCUUGCGUUUAUGAAGAGAAGACAGUCAUUCAUGAGCUAACUCAAGGGCUACAAAUGGCUAACCAGCUAAGGGUUAAUCUGCAUUCACCUGAAGUAAGAGACUUCUUGAUUCAAAAGAUCUUAUCUUCCUAUGAGAACGCUCUUUUCGUUCUCCAAUCGGGACACUCUGCCGGGCAGCCUCCGCCACCUGCCCUUCCAGCACCAAACCUGCUCGAAUCACCGAUAUCCUUUGGGAGCCCAGGAAGUGAAGAAUUCAAGUUCGACCAACCCUUUUCUAGUCAUCAGGGCGAAAACAUUAUUUCCAAAAAGAGAAAAGGGUCCCAAACAUGGGAACAUCAAGUUAGAGUAUGUAGAGGCAAAGGGUUAGAGGGUGGAAAUGCUGUUCCAUCUUUAACAUCAUUUGGACUCAUUGAAGAUCACCACCAUGUUCAUUUUCCAAAUCAAUACAGUGAAGAAUUAUUGCAUGUUUAUUCACCAUACUCUAUCUCCCCAGUUACCUCUGAAUCGAAUUUGUUCACAGAGUGGGGAAGCUCACCCUCUAUGGAUUUCCCUGCUCAUCUGGCUGAUGUACCACUUGAUUUUGGAUUUAUUAACUCUUUGUUUUAGAAGGUUAGAGUUAAGAGCUAUAUAGAAUGGAUAUAAAAGAAAUAUAAGUUAUGUCAUUUUGAAUUUAAGAACUUUUUCUUUGAA